ACAACAACAACAACAACAAAAAACAUCACAACGACAACAACAACAACGGAUCUGCUUCCGGUUUCUGGAUGUAGCUGUCAGACUCCAGCAUCUUUUUUUAUUUAACGGGGGAAUCGCUUCAUCAGCAGGUCGGUAGCUCCGUUUGUCUUUCGUUGAUUAAUAACACUUCACUUUGCUGUUGUUUUGCCGACCGCCAGCAACCGUAACCAGUCGGCUUUAGCACUUUUUUUAGCCGCUCCGUUACGCCUUAGUAUGAGCGAAGGAGAAGUGUUUCACGAGAAGCAAAGGUUGGAGCUGUGCGCCAUUCACGCACUCAACAACGUCCUCCAGGAGCGGGUGUUCACCAAGGAGACAGCCGACGACAUCUGCAAACGGCUGGCUCCACAGUGUGUGGUGAACCCUCACCGCUCAGUGUUAGGCACGGGAAACUAUGACGUCAACGUCAUCAUGGCGGCACUACAGAGCAGGGAACUGGCUGCAGUGUGGUGGGACAAACGCAGGACGGUUCAGAGCCUUUGCAUGUCAAAGGUCCAGGGUUUUAUUCUCAAUGUCCCAUCACGAGUAUCUCUGGGGAUCGUGUCCCUCCCACUCCGGCGGCGGCACUGGCUCGCAGUCCGGCAAGUUAACGGACAGUACUACAACCUUGACUCCAAACUGAAGAGUCCUGUCUGUAUUGGGGGAGAAGCAGAACUACGCACAUUUCUCAGUGAACAGCUUUCUCAGGACGUGGCAGAGAUGCUCCUGGUUGUCCGGCGGGAGGUGGAGGAGGACGGUUCAUGGCUGAACUCUGACAACCCCAAGAAGUGAUGUCGGGAGUUACCUUUUACAUAGCAUGGAAAAAAAAAAAACCUCCUCUGGGAAAACAACGGACAGUUUUUUUUAAAGAAAAACAAACACCUCAUUACAGAAAACUCUUCAGGGAAUGCACUAAAAUACAUUUAAUAUCUACACACAGACACACAGAGGAAAUUCCAAAGAGAAGCAGAGACGGACGUUUUACUCCUGAAAUGGAAAAACUGUUUUAAUGGUAAAAGCUAUUACUCUGACGUGACCCAUGUAUCAGCGUUGUCCUGCUCUUGGUACCUUUGUUUUAACACUGGGAAGGUGCAUCUAAGCUAACACAGUCUGAGGCAAAUAUGGGCUAGUUUGGUGAUACUUGAGUUCUGACAUAUGACUGAGCUUUCACUGUUUGGUGGUAGGAAAAUUGCAGUGUUUGUGCACAAAAAGCCAUCUGCAAUAAGGAUAACUGGACUACAUUGAUUACUAAAAUAUGAUGAGAAAUGAAUGAAUUUGCCAUGUAAGGUAUCAUCGUCUUAGACCUUUUACGACUCGGUCGCCAAAAUGAGAUCAUGUACUGUACGUACAAGACGGGCGUGUCAAAAUCGAUAAGCUAUUAAGCAGCAGCUGAGUGCACCACCUCUUCCCAAGUUUUAUUGUAAACCUUCUAUGCACUGCAGAGUUAGAUUUGCUGGCACUGUUUGUCUUUGUGUGCUCAUACAGGCACGGGUACGGUGACUGCAUCACCCGGUGAGGCUUUGAAGGACUACCAGUGUCUUUUGCAUGUUUUUAUCCAUUUACUAGACAUGCGUGCCACAUUUUUUUUAGAUUUUUAAACAUGUUUUUGUUCUCCUCGAAGCAGCUUUUGUUUUCCUUUCAUGUGGCUCCAGCAUAAAACAAACUUGCAGAGAUUUGAAAUGUGGUUGAGAUCAAUAAUCCAUCAGAUUGUCAGCCUCCUUUUUGCUUUUGUUGUGUUAUUGAUGUGUGAUAAUGCAGCUGAAUGUGCGCGGUAAUGAAGGUUUGACAAAAUGAAACGAGACGUGACUUUGAUUAGGAUGGAUUAUCCAUCUCAACCCAGGCUUCAAGUCUCUACAGGUUUCACGCAGCUCUGCCACGAAUGAAAGCCAGUGGUUGUGUGAAAGUUGGGAAGAUUGCUUUAUUUGAAAGUACACUAGUUCUUGAUUUAGUUUAGUAAAUGAGUCAAACAUGCAAAAACACUGGUUCUGUGACUGUAUGUAACCUUUAUGUUUGUAUUUUGUCUCUCCUAUUGAUCUAUGCAUAUCCAAAAAGAAUAGGAGGACUGUCUCUGGUACACACUAGUGAAUAACUUACACAUACACCUAAGCUGAGAGGUUCAUAUUAUUGGUUCAUAUUAUUGAAGCUUAUUUAUAUUAAAUGUUGACCUCCUGUUUUAAGUAUGAA